UAUUGAAAUGUGGAGCAGAACUGCGGUAAAGCCGAAAAGAUGGUGUAAUAAAUUUCAUAACAUCAUGUGAAUUUUGGAGGCAACUUUUCUGUAGGACAGUGAAUGCACGAAAGUUAUGUAGCUACUGGCAAACAAUCUCUCUGAGGUAUCUCGCCUGUUCAACCGGUUAGACUGCUGCAUUACCAUCAGUGGUCAUGUGCUAAGAAGGUGUAGCCGGGCUUUAUUGCUAACUGACCCUGAAAGAGAUCGUAGUUUGCAUUUUGUUCAGUUUGGACCAGUGGGGAAAUUUCCGAUGAUGGCCACCUGCAGCUCACACAUGAGGCGCUCUGCUCUCAUAAUCCUGCUGCUCAACAGCUUCUGUGUCUUCUCUCAAAUUUCACAUGAAAUGACCUAUGUCGUGGCCUGCUUUGAUGAUGGGAGAACUGAGGCACAGGUUGAAUUUGAUGCUGAGGAGGUUAUGUAUACAGAUUUCGAAAGACAUGAAGUUGUAUACACGGUGCCCCGGUAUUUUAUAUUUAACCCAAGUGAAACAUUUCAGAAUUUGAAUGUAUAUAACAAUGCACAAAAAGCCAAGAGAACAUGUCCAGCGCUUCUGUCAUACUGGACAGUAGAGGAGAAAAAUCCACCUGAACAUAAAGACCCCCCCGCGAGCAUGCUUUACCCUGCAGAUGAAGUCGAGCUGGGAGUUGAAAACAGCCUGAUCUGCUUUGUGAAUUACUUCUAUCCACCUGACAUCAAUGUCAGCUGGACCAAAAAUGGUCAUCCAGUGUCUGAGGGGGUGUCGCUCAGUCGGUAUUUUCCCAAUAAAGAUCAAACCUUCCACCAGUUCUCAACUCUGGUGUUCACCCCAAGCGAGGGCGACAUUUACAGCUGCACCGUGGAGCACUCGGCACUGGAGACACCCCAAACAAGAAUCUGGGAAACAGAAAUAAUGAAAAGCCAUGAAAGUCAUGGACUGGAUGUUUUCUGUGCAGUGGGCCUGACUCUGGGCCUGCUGGGAGUGGCAAUGGGAACAUUUUUAAUUGUAAAAGGACUUGAAAACAAAAAACAAUAUCUAUCUUAGAGAGAUUCCACACAUGAAAAUCACACAAAUAAACAACAAAACUGGGGCACAAAGUCAGUUCAUUCAAUAAAGAAUGAAUAAUUCAACAUUUAUGUCAGUCCAAAGGUUAAAAAUUAACUGUAAUGAAACAGUAUCCACUAAUCACAUCCAGUCUUUAUUGUGAGAAGUGUUUCAGAUUCACACAGGAAAUUCAAAAGGCCAUUUGACUUUUUAUUUCCUUAUUUAAAUUGCUGCUGUUUGCUUAGGCUGUUGCA